AUGUCGUUGAACGCUGUCCUCUCGCCAGCACUGAGAGAAAUCCGUCUACUCUUUUGUCAAACUGGAACAGCUUCUGCUGGUACAAGAGCAAAUGCGCUAAAACGAGACUGGUUGAGCAGGCACUUUGUUCUUUCCGCAUAUCCACUCAUCAAGAAGAAUAAUCCUGAUCUCCCUGUGCUCAUUCGAGAAGCCCAAGGAACGCCAGCUCGUGCCUUUGCCCGCUUUGAACGAGGAGUAGAGCGUCACGUCGAGCUUGAAGGUCUUUCUGCAGAACAAGUCGAGCAAAAGGUCACCGACCUGCUCACGAAACCACCUUCAUUGCCCACUACGCCCCCUGGGUUGCCCACUCACCUCGGACUCCAGCUCGGCCCUCAUGUUCUCCUCCCCGUCCGCUUUGAUCAGCAAAUGAGUUUGGUCAAGGUCCUCGAUGACAAAUCUAUCCUCGUCCCUCCGCCUCUCGUUCAUUUGCAACAGAAUUUGCUUGACGGCUGCAUCGCUGUGAUUGCUCACCAAGUGAUCAAGACGCCCUUGACGGCUUUCAUGACCGCAGUGAUGGUCAAGUCUAAACGAUCCAAGUUCGCCGCACCCACCGCACCAUCAAAAGAUAAAGAUUAUCCGAGGUUUCGUCGUGUCGAUUGGAAGCAUUUCCUGGCUGCGAGCGAUUCCCGGACGAAGCUGGAGCUAAAUGAGCCGCCUCUGAGCAUGUGCGUCAGGCUGUUCACGCUUAUAAAACCCUCUACCCACUCCAAGCGAUGGAUUAGCAACGUCCCAUCGACAAUGCCACUCCACCUCCGCAAGGCCACACUCGCAGACGAAGGAGCCGUGUCGCGCAUCUGUUUGUUGAGGCGACGCUGGCAAGUCUGCCGAACAUCUCUUCAAAAACCAGAAAUGCCAGGUCUCGUCUACGCCGUCCCAUACCUCCAUCUCGACAGCGCAUGGCGCUACGUCCUCGUCGAGACCGACGAUGCCGGCGUGGAAAAGGAUGUCGUCGGCUACGUCGUCGGCUCAUCCAACUGCCGUGCAUUCGAAGCGGAUGCAGAGAAGAAUUGGUACACCCUUCGCCCACGCUACCCUAAGCCCGAAGAUGCAGACCGCGACGCCUACACGGGCGCAGAGCUGUAUUAUCUGGAUUUCAUUGCUAACCCAGCUUUGACGGGUCAAGAAGUUCUCGAUGUUUACCCGGCUUUCUUCAUAUCAAUAUCCUCCCACCACACCAGGAAAGGGUGGGGCACCAAGAUGAUUCGACAGGCGGCGCUGCAGGUCCAGGCAGACGGUGAAAAGGGUUGUGGGAACGACAACGGUCGUCAGUUUUACAAGGCAAUCGUUCGAGAAGAUGGGGAGAGCAAGGAAGGCGAAUAUUAUGGGCUGGACAUCAAGAAGUUCCUGGACAGUGGACGAGGAGCAUAG